AUGGCCGUUCGCGGUGGCGCGCUAUUCGCCGUGUGUGGCGCCGGGAGCCAAUCAACGUCCGGCAACGCCCAGCAAAUCAUCGUCGCCAGCCGCGGUCGAACACAGUGCGCGCGUUGUCGUUGCGUUGGACCGCUGUUAAAUUUAUCUAAUCAUUGGCCACAGUCGACUGGUGCAUGUCCAACAGCGACAGUCGUGAAACGUCACGCAGGCCUGACACUUACGCCAUCGCCACCGCCACCGCUACCACCGCCAUUUGACGUUUGGUGGCAUCGCCAGCCACGCCACGCCGUAUCCGCCCGCGUGUGUGCUGCUGCAGAACAGCUGUCGUUCCUGUGCGUGCCCAGCCGCCAGCGGAGUCAAGGAGAGAUUCGUGUCCUCGCGCUGCGGCCGCGACCUCCCGCCCUCGUCCUCGACCUCGGUGAUCUGGUGCCCUAA